CUGUGCUGACAGAUUCCCCCCCUACAGCCGCGGCCCCCCCAGGGACGCCGGAGGCAGGAUGGACGAACAGAAGGUGCCCAGCGAGGAGAAGGACUCGGCCGCGCCAGCUGAUGGGGCCGUGGCCUCGGAGGAGAUGGGCAGCGCGGAGGGGGACCCCCUGAAACCUCCCGAAGGAGCCUCCGCGGGGCCGGAGCCGGAGAGCACGGACACGAAGGGACCUCCUGAGACUGGCAGCCCGCCGGGCCGCCGCUGCGCCCUCUGCAACUGUGGGGACUGGAGCCCGCACGGGCAGUGGGAGCUGCAGCGCUUCGAGCCGGUGCCCGACUGGCCCGAGCGGCUGGUGGGCGACAACCCCCCCGAGGGGCCUGGCCAGCCCCCCCCGGGGUCCGGGCAACCCCCCACGGAGCCGGAGCCGGCGGGCGACGACCCGGCGCAGAUCGGCUUCUCCAAGGGGGUGACCCCGGCGCAGCUCUUCGAGCCCACAGGGCACUGCUGGGUGCAUCGCUGCUGCGCGGCCUGGGCGGCCGGCGCGGGGCCGGAGGCGGCCGCCGUGGCCAGAGCUGUUUUCUCAGGGAUCUCACAGAAAUGUGAACGCUGCGGGCGGGCGGGGGCCACCAUCCCGUGCCGGGCGGCCUCCGGCUGCUCCCGCCUCUACCACUUCCCCUGCGCCGCCGCCAGCGGCUGCUUCCAGUCCACCAAGACCCUGCGGCUGCUCUGCCCCGAGCACGUGGCCGAGGCCCUGGAGAUGGAGGACGCGCGGUGCCGCGUGUGCGCCGGGCCGGGCGACCUGCGGGACCUGGUGCUGUGUGCGGGCUGCGGGUGGCACUUCCACGGCUCCUGCCUGGACACGGCCCCGGCGCCCCACGGGCGCUCGGGCUGGCGGUGCCCCGAGUGCAGAGCGUGCCAAACCUGCAGGCAGCCCGGCCAGGACUCCACGAUGCUGGUCUGCGAGGCCUGUGGCAAGGGCUACCACACCUUCUGCGUGGAUCCAGCCAGCCAGGGCCUCCCCACCGGCUCCUGGAAGUGCAAGAACUGCCAGGUCUGCUCCGAGUGUGGCCGGUGCCCUGUGGGGCUCGACCCCGGCUGCCAGGGGUCCACGGUGUGUGGGGGGUGCCAGGGGGGCUGCACUGCAGCCGAUGCCCCCGUGGCACCAGGACGCUCACCACAGCCUGAGUCGCCCGCCCAGACGUUGGAGCCCCCCAGCUGCAGCGAGCCGACGGAUGUGCCCGUCCCCCCACCCGAGCUGGAGCCUGUGGGGGGUGAUGAGGAGACACAGCCCCUCCCAGACCCCAAGGAGGCACCCCUGGACCCCAGGGAGGAACCCCCAGAACCGAAGGAGGCACCCCCGGACCCCAAGGAGGCCACCCCGGGUGAUGGCGGGUCUCCUCCUGGCGAGCUGACCCCUGUGGAAGUGCCCCCCAGCGAAGAGCCCCCCAGUGAACAGCCCCCUGAUGAAAUGCCCCCCGACAUUCAGCCCCUUGACGUGCAGCCCCCCAACAUUCAGCCCCUUGACGUGCAGCCCCCCGACAUUCAGCCCCCUGACGUGCAGCCCCCCGAGGAGCCCCCUCCUCUUGUACUGCCCCCCGAGGAGCCCCCCUGUGAGGAACUGCCCCUCGAGAGACCAUCCCUUGCUGAGCUGCCCCCUGACAGGCCCCCCCUCGAGGAGGUGCCCCCCAGUGAACAACCCCCCGAUGAGCUGCCCCUCGACAUCCCUCCCCUCAACGAGCU